AUGGAUUUUGAUUCUUUGUCGAAGACCUUUACACAUUUUGUUGUCGAGGACCCAUCAGCCUGUGUAUCCAUCAGACCUUCACCUACCACCUCCUCCGAACUCGUUUGUCCCAAUUGUAACGGUGGGUUCCUAGAGGAAUACGAAAACCCUAACCCUAGGCCGGAAACCCCAAAUCCUUUUCUCGCCUUCGAAGAUCCUUCACCUUUCUCCUCUUUCUCAUCUGGCUUCCCGCUCGUUUUCUCCACCACUUCCCGUGCCGGCGCUGGGAGUGGCGAUUUCCAGAAUCCUAAUGAUUUAUCGGCACUCUUUGGUGGUCCGAUGUCUCGACCUGGUGGUGUCCAGAACGCUGAAGAGUUUAAUCCUUUUGCAUUUCUACAGAAUUAUCUCAACACCUUACGAGCAGGUGGGGCGAACAUCCAGUUUGUUAUUGAAAACAACACAGAUGGAGAUCCGUCGGGGUUUCGUCUCCCAUCGAAUCUCGGUGAUUACUUCAUUGGUCCUGGGUUAGAACAAUUGAUUCAACAGCUUGCUGAAAACGAUCCUAAUGGAUAUGGCACUCCCCCUGCAUCAAAAUAA